AUGCACUGGAAUGGUCCAAAGCUCUCGUUACCAGAUUUGAUUCAGCUGCUUUUGUCCGUUCCAUCUGCAGAGUACAUUCGCGAAUCGAGUGCCUAUUACACCUCAAAGCCACAUUUUUCUGGACAGGGUCUCGAGCAAGCACAAUGGACGCAGACCCAAUGGAAAAGCUACGGCAUUGCAGACACUCAAAUAUUCUCCUAUGAUGUGCAUCUGCCGGCUCCGACCGAUCACCAGCGAUUGGCUCUGCUACGAGACUCGGAGGUUCUUUACGAGGCACCAUUGAGCGACAGUGAGGAUGGAUUUUAUCCUGCCUUCUACAGCUUUGUUACCAAUUCGAACAUUACUGCUCCCUACAUUUUUGCCAACUUUGGCGCCGACGACGAUUACCAAGAUCUCGUGAACAAUAAUGUCAGCCUCGAGGGCAAGAUCGCAGUGUUGAAAUCGGCCGAUGCAUCAUCUUAUCUACAGCUUCACCAUCUUGGGAUGUCGCGGGAGGUACAGAUCAGGAAUGCUCAGAACCGGGGCCUGAUCGGGGUCCUCAUGUAUCCUGAUCCCCAAAACGAUGAGCCUAUCAAUGAAUCAAACGGGUACAGACCGUACCCUGACGGUCCAGCACGACCCCCGAAGAUGAUUGAGAGAGGCGGUAUAGGCCCAUUCGGUACGUAUCACCUCGAUUACGUGCCAAUAUUAGACGUUGGUAGCUUGUCACCUGUACCGUGUUCCCGCGUUAAGGUGUACGUACUGGGUCGGCUGACUAUUCCAGAUUCGUACCAGGCCGGCUUAAUACCCACAAUCGCCUGCAUGCCAAUAUCCUACGCCGAUGCCGUCCCUAUUCUCACGGCAUUGAAUGGUCAUGGUCCAUCAGCUUCUGAUCUAAAUAGCCGAUGGCACGGGGGAGGACUCUCAUUCCACGGCGUCCGCUAUAAUGUGGGGCCAUCGCCUCCCGAAAUCUCGCUUCAUCUUCGCACCGAGGCAUAUCUCCACACUGGCAAAGUGCAUAACGUUAUCGGUAAAAUAACCGGGAAAUCCGACGAGAUCGUCAUUUUGGGGAAUCAUCGUGAUGCCUGGGGCCCUGGGGCGGGCGAUCCCAAUAGUGGGUCAGCGGCAUUAAAUGUCCUUGUUCGCAGCUUUGGACGAGCCCUUCGCCACGGUUGGCAGCCUCACCGAACCCUUGUGUUCGCCAGUUGGGAGGGGGAGGAGAUUGGACAAAUCGGCUCUUUGCCCUGGAUCAAGGAGCAUUUUGAAUGGCUCAACGCGACCACUGUCGCUUAUCUAAACGUCGUUGUGGCUGGCGCGGGAAAGAAGUUCCAUGUCAAGGCUAGCCCUUUACUGUAUAGAGCAGCCCUGGAUGCCAUGCAGCGUGUGCCGUCACCAAAUCAGACAUUAAACGGUCAAUCGAUUUUCGAUGUUUGGAAUGAGACGGGGGCGGGGAUUUGGGGGACACCGGGCGGAGGGGAUGCCAUUCGAUUCCAAGGCUUGGUAUGUGCAUCGACCGUUGAUUUCGGAUUUUCCCAAGGCUUGGCAGACAAUGUCUUCCCUUAUCACUCAGGUUUCGAUACCUUUGAAUGGAUGGAGGAGUUUGGAGAUCCUGGCUGGGCGUAUCAUCUAGCAAGCACCCAGCUUUGGUCGGUAAUGGCAGCCCAUCUGUCAGAACCGCCCCUUCUGGAAAUGAGGACUACUGAUUAUGCAAGGGCCCUAGACAAAUGGGCUCAGGACCUCUUUUCCAAUCAAAAAUGGUCCGAGCGAUGUGAUCCAGGGUCUCUCUACAAAGCAGUGGCACGCCUCGGUCAAGCCGCGAGAAGAUUUGACCAUGAGGUGGCGUCGCUGACGCUGCAGCCACAUUCUAGGUGGGACUAUUUUUCUGACCAACAAGAGAGCAUGGUGAUUGACAGGGUCAAUCAGCGGUACAUGCAGCUUGAAAGAACAUUCUUUCAUGAAUCUGGCGUCGAUGAUCGGCCUUCUUUCCAUCAUGUACUAUACGCGGCCGCCCCGUGGCAUACGGAAAAGCCACCCUUUCCAGGGCUGCGCAGUAGCUUAGAGGCCGGCCUUUGGACUAAUGCAGCGGAAUGGCGAGAGAUCGUGGCCAACAAAAUCAUUGAUGCCGCAAUCUUGCUGGAGGAAUACGAUCACUCGGCGGCAUAA